CAGGACUCUCAAUUUUUUUUAAAAUUUUGAAUAGAUUCCCGUGAUCUGCUAGUGUAUUUGAACUCCCCUUAGUAGCCUGUUACAAGAACUCCAUCCAUUCUGCGAUCAAAAAGAGACGCAAAAAUGGAAAUAGUUUCAGGCCCUUUUACCUCUUGCUCCAAAGAGCAGCAGAAACUCUACCAGAACUGGUUUAAUUUAGCUGAUUCAGACGGAGAUGGUCGUGUCACCGGAAGCGACGCCACCAAGCUUUUUGCAUUGUCGAAUCUUAGUAAACAUCAACUCAAGCAGGUUUGGGCUCUUGCUGACUCCAAACAUCAAGGUUUUUUAGGCAUCAAUGAAUUUAUUACUGCGAUGCAGCUGAUAUCCUUGGCACAAGAAGGAAAAGAGCUAAACUCAAGCCUCCUUAAAACUGCAGAUGGCAUGCGGCAUGUGGAUCCUCCAACAAUGAAUGAUUUCGAUGUGUUGCUUUCUAAUACCAAUGGCUCACUGUUUGAAACCAACUCUGAUUCAAAUGGUAACAAGCCAGACACAAAUGGUAGCAAGCCAGACACAAAUGGAACUACACAGUCGCAGAUAGCAUCAUAUGUCAAAAUGUUCAGCUCAAGAUCUAGAAAGAAGGUCCAACCUACUCUUACUGCUGUAACUUCAGUAAUUGAUGGCUUAAAGAGGUUAUACAAUACAAAGCUGAAGCCGUUGGAGGCUACCUACCGUUUUAAUGAUUUUGUAUCCCCAGCAUUGACGUGUAGUGAUUUUGACGCUAAACCCAUGGUUAUGCUUUUGGGUCAAUACUCAACUGGGAAAACCACUUUCAUUAAGCACCUAUUGAAGAGCAACUAUCCAGGAUCUCACAUUGGACCAGAGCCAACUACUGAUAGAUUUAUUGUUGUUUCGUCCGGACCAGAUGAAAGGAGCAUUCCUGGAAACACCAUAGCUGUUCAUGCAGACAUGCCAUUCACAGGGUUAAAUACUUUCGGAGGAGCUUUUUUGUCAAAAUUUGAAUGCUCCCAGAUGCCACAUCCACUCCUUGACCACUUCUCACUUGUGGAUACACCGGGUGUCUUGUCGGGGGAGAAACAAAUGAUGCAACGAAGCUAUGAUUUCACUGGUGUUAUAUCAUGGUUUGCAGCUAAGUGCGAUCUCAUUCUUCUCUUAUUUGAUCCUCACAAACUCGACAUUAGUGAUGAGUUCAAACGAGUUAUAUCAUCUCUGCGUGGUCACGAUGACAAAAUUCGAGUUGUGUUGAAUAAGGCAGAUCAAGUUGAUACCCAACAACUGAUGAGAGUUUAUGGUGCACUGAUGUGGUCCCUUGGCAAAGUUCUAGACACACCAGAGGUUGUUCGAGUUUAUAUAGGUUCCUUCAAUGACAAGCCUGUAAAGGAAGGUACUGACCAUAUGGGGAAGGAUCUUUUUGAAAAAGAGCAAGAUGACUUGCUUGAAGACUUGAUCGAUAUACCUAAAAAGGCUUGUGAUCGUAAGAUCAACGAAUUUGUUAAACGUGCCAGAGAUGCUAAGAUUCACGCCUACAUAAUUAGCCAUCUUAAGAAAGAGAUGCCAUCAUUGAUGGGGAAGUCUAAAGCUCAAAAACGUCUUAUUAACAAUCUUGAACAUGUAUUUGCAGAGGUUCAAAGACAGACUCGUAUACCGGCGGGUGACUUUCCGAGUGUGGCACACUUCAAGGAUGUGCUGAAACGUUACAACAUAGAAGAUUUUGAGAAGCUGAAGCCAAAAAUGAUUCAAGCAGUGGAUGAAAUGCUUGGGCAAGACAUUCCCGAACUUCUCAAGAACUUCAGAAAUCCAUAUGACUAAAUUACUGGUGGGGUUGGGUGGGACCCUCUAGAGUUUCAGUGUUUUGGUCGUAGUUGACUUAGUUGUUGAAAGAAGCUAGUCCAGUAUGGACCUUUGUUUUUCCAGUAGAAACAGCUUGUUUUCUUUCCAGUAGGAGUGGUAGCUGUACAAGCGCAAUUCAAUAAUUUCCAUACCCGGUUAGAAAAUUAUUCCUUGGCUUGUAUUUAUUUGUUUAAAUUGAUCAAUUCUUUCAUUCAUAUCCAUCUGCCUAUUUAUAAAGAUAAUUUACAUUAAAUCUCUUUUCCCAAUUUGGCUCUAAUAAUACAUUU